AUGUCGACGCCCACCGAUGCCGCCGCCGCCGUUGCGGUCGGCGACCAAUGGGCCCGCAGCAACUGGAAGACGGUUGGGUACUGCUUCGUCGUCGCCCUCGGCCCUGUCCUGUUCGGGUUUGACCAGGCUGCCAUCUCGGGCACCAUUGUCAUCCCUCGCUUCCAGAAGGACUUUGGCUCCAUCGACCCGGCCACCGGUCAGCACAUCAUCACCGCCGGCGGCCAGACCAUGCUCUUUGGCCUGCUGCUUGUCGGCGCCAUUGUCGCGAGUGUCGCCUCCGGGCCUCUAGGCACAAUGUACGGCCGCAAGUCGGGUCUCUACGCCUGCUCCCUUACGUCCCUGGUCGGGCCCCUCAUUCAGGUCUUUGCCCCCAAUAUGGGGGUCAUGAUUUUCGGCCGUGUCUUGACUGGAGCUGGUAUCGGCUUUGCUUCCAACUUUUGCGGCGUCUACUGGAGUGAGGUUGCCGUUGCAAAGCACCGAGGAUUGAUUACCAUGCUGUACCAAGGUCUCGUCAAUCUCACAGCCUUCAUCGGCGCCUGCAUUAUUCAAGGCUCGCAUGGCCUUACCAGCAAAUGGGCAUGGAGAACUCCCGUCAUGGUCAUGAUGAUUGCUCCGGCCAUUAUGCUGUGCCUCAUUCAUCUGCUGCCCGAAACCCCUAGAUGGUACAUCACUCGGGGCCGCCCCGAAGAUGCCGUUCGAGCCCUCAAGAAGCUUCGAGGCUCGACGUGGCCCGACGAGGAGCUGGAGAAUGAGGUCCGCGAAAUGUCAGCCAUGCAUGAGCUGGAAUGCAGCCUAGAAGGCUCCGGCACAUACAAGGAUUGCUUCCGAAAUACCGAUGCCAGAAGAACCCGCAUCUGUCUCAUCUUUGUUCUUUUCCAAUCCUUCACCGGCAUCUCCUUCAUCGCAGGAUACGGGACACUGUUUUUCGCGCUAGCCGGCAUCAAGCAGCCGUUCCUCACAACCGUCAUCACCAGCUGCUGCGGUCUCGCCGGUUCCAUUGCUGCGUUCCCGCUUGUGCGCAAAGUCGGACGACGACGUCUGCUUCUCAACGGCAGUGCCAUCUGCGGCAGCUGCAUGCUCUUGUUUGCCAUUGUCGGCACGGCCAAGCCCAACAGCAUCGCGGCGGCCAAUCUUCUCAUCACUUGCGUCUGCAUAUACUUGUUCACAUACUCGAUAAGCUGGGGUUCUCUUCCCAUCACCGUGCUCACGGAGAUCCCGUCCAACACCCUGCGUUCCAAGACGCUGUCCAUGUCCACCACUGUAAACUGGCUCUCGGCCAUGCUGAUUGCGUGUGGAUCCCCGUACCUCGUCAACCCGCAGUAUGCCAACAUUGGCGUCAAAUUGGGCUUCAUCUUUGGAGGAUGCACAAUACUCGGCUGGCUUUGGGUCGGUAUCGAUGUUCCGGAGACCAAGGACCGCACUUUGGAAGAGAUUGAUGAAAUGUUUCUCAAUCACAUUUCUACAAGGGGUUUCAAGAAGUACGUAUGCACUGGUCAAGUCAGAGACGAGGAAAAUCAUGUCAUUGCCACUGUGGAGAAGGAUCAGGUGGUUGUCUACCAUAAUGAGGCGUCGCGUUAA